CUAAGGGUCAAAGCCUUAACCUGCUGCUUUCAUCAACACUUGCACUAGAAUUGCCCUGAGCAUUGCCUGUGGAAAAUUGCACACGUCCCGCGUGUGCACAAGUCCCGCGCUAGCACACAUCACAACUUACGACUUCACUCGUCUCAUUUGGUCGUUACUGCCGCGGCGAGAAACCUGGACGAGCGCCACAAUCGCGCCCGUGGCUGGUAACAUCUGGCUGGCAACCCGGCCACGCGUGGGCCCCUGGCGCACACCCGCGGCCGGCAGCCGGGGUGCUCGCCGAGCGGUCGUCUGCAUGGCAGGAGUGAAGAACAGCAUCAUAUGGUUCCGCAAGGGGCUGCGCCUGCACGACAACCCGGCGCUGCUGGAGGCGUGCAAGGAUGCAAAACACGUGUACCCCGUGUUCGUGCUGGACCCGCAUUUCCUCCAGCAGAGCUCCUACAAGGUUAGUGUCAACCGCUACAACUUCUUGCUGGAGUCGCUGGAGGACUUGCAGCGCAGUUUCCAGGCUCGCGGCAGCCGACUGCUGGUGCUGCGUGGCAAACCCGAGGAGGUGUUUCCCCGGGUGUUCCGGGAGUGGGGCGUGACACAGCUGUGUUUUGAGCACGACACGGAGCCGUACGCCAAGGUCCGCGACGCCGCAGUACGGCGGCUGGCUGCGGAGGCGGGCGUGGAGGUGGUGACUCCCAUAAGCCACACACUGUAUGACACGGACAUGCUUGUGGCUCGGAACGGCGGCGCCGCGCCCCUCACCAUGCAGUCGUUCACCAAGCUGGUGGACCGGGUGGGCGACCCGCCCGCGCCUGCUCCCGACCCGCCCGCCGCCAUGCCGCCGCCCGCGGAGGACAUGCCCAGCGCCGCGCCCGCCGCCACCGGCGUGCCCACCUGGCAGGAGGUGGGGUUCAAGGAGCCACCGCUCACCGUGUUCAAGGGUGGUGAGACGGAGGCUCUGGCCAGACUGGAGGCGGCGUUCCAAGACCCCAAAUGGGUGGCGGGGUUCCAGAAGCCCGACACGGACCCCAGCGCCUGGGAGAAGCCCGCGACCACUGUGCUGUCGCCCUACCUCAAGUUCGGCUGCCUGUCGGCGCGCCUCUUCCACGCCCGCCUGCUGGAGGUGUACCGCCGCCACCCGGCCCACUCGCAGCCGCCCGUGUCGCUGCGGGGGCAGCUGCUGUGGCGCGAGUUCUUCUACACGGUGGGCUCCACCACGCCCAACUUCCACCGCAUGGCCGGCAACCCCGUGUGCAAGCAGAUUGACUGGGACGACAACCCCGAGUUUCUGGCGGCGUGGAGGGAGGCGCGCACGGGCUUCCCCUGGAUUGACGCCAUCAUGACGCAGCUGGUGACGUGGGGCUGGAUGCACCACCUGGCGCGGCACAGCGUGGCGUGCUUCCUCACCCGCGGCGACCUGUACGUCAGCUGGGAGCGCGGCAUGGAGGUGUUCGAGGAGCACCUCAUCGACCAGGACCACUACCUGAACGCGGCCAAUUGGAUGUGGCUGUCCGCCUCUGCCUUCUUCUCCCAGUACUUCCGGGUCUACUCGCCCGUGGUGUUCGGGAAGAAGUAUGAUCCCGAGGGCCGCUUCAUCCGCAAGUUCCUGCCGGUGCUCAAGGACAUGCCAGCCAAGUACAUCUACGAGCCCUGGACGGCGCCGCUGGAGGUGCAGCGCAAGGCCGGCUGCGUGGUCGGCCGCGACUACCCCGCGCCCAUAGUGGACCACGCGGUGGCCUCCAAGGCCUGCAUCGCGCGUAUGGCCGCAGCCUACCGCCGCAGCAAGGGCGAGGCCGGCGGCGACGGCGACGACAGCGGUGGUGAGGGCGGCAGUGGUGGCGGCGCGGCGGCGGGGCGCAAGAAGGCAACGGCAGCAGCCGGCGGCAGCAGCGGUGCGGGCCGCGGCAAGAAAGCUGCGGCGGCAGUGGCGGCGGGGAGCGCAGCGGGCGCGAAGCCCGCGACUGGGCGAGGCAAGGCGGCGGCGAAGGCCAAGAGCGACGUGGUGGUGAGCGGCAAGGCGGCGGGCGGCGGCAGCAAGCGGCAACGGACAAUAAAGGAGUCGCUUGGGGCCGCGGCGGCGGCGGACGAAUGAGGCGGGUGGCUGGAGCGUUGGGAGGUUUGCGAGGGUGCCACUGGCAUUUGCAGCCGUGGGAGGUAAGCCACGACCUCGGAGGGAUGUGAUGGGGCGUGUUGGGUAGUGGGGAUGAUGUAGGGGGUCUGACACGCAUUCGUACACGCUCGAAAGCAUGCUACCGGUAUCCGUUUUGGGGGACGUUCGUGGGUGGCGCAGCGAGAGCCCAUGGGAGCUAGCUCAGGCCAACGUGACAGCUCACGAUGUCCCUAACUGUGCUGCGACGUUGGCGGGGGAGAUAGCUUGCCGCUCGGAAUUGCUUUGGCAAUGAAUGGCGACUUGCUGUGGCGUGCUGCUGCGGUGUACCUUCGUACCGGUGCGCCAGACUGGUCCAGGAACCGCCAGAGGUUCCUGGAUCUGCGGUCCGUGAACGGGUUCUAUGGCCCUGACAUGAUUCUGAUAUGAUGUGUGGAUGCGUAACGGGGGUUGGGUUCGGGCAGGACAGCCGAUUUUGGUCAGCCAGAGGCGGCGACGCUGACAUGUGUUCGUGGAUGCCCAGGAGAACGCAGGGCUUUCGUUGCAAAGCGCCUUAAUGCCUUAGAGUCGCGCGGUCAUGCACUCGCGGAACCUUGUAACGUUGUAGUAUG